GCGAGCGGCGGCUGCACAACGCACUCGGCUGCGGGCAGCGCGGCGCGCGGACAUGGCGUCACUGACGCGCCCGCCGACCCACACGGUGAGGCGUUGCCGACGCUCGAGGCAGUAGAAGGCAGUAACAGCAGGAGGUGGCAGGAGGUAGCAGGAGGCGGCAGACGGCAGUAGGCAGCAGUAUGGCGCUGAAGACUCCUACGCCGCGUGACGGCGAACGCGAGACCUGGGGCAAGAAGGUGGACUUCCUGCUCUCCGUCAUCGGGUUCGCCGUCGACCUCGCCAACGUGUGGCGCUUCCCUUAUCUCUGCUACAAGAAUGGAGGGGGAGCGUUCUUGGUGCCGUACUGCAUAAUGUUGGUGGUGGGCGGCAUUCCGCUCUUCUACAUGGAGCUGGCGUUGGGGCAAUUCCAUCGCAAGGGCGCUAUCACCUGCUGGGGCAGGCUGGUGCCGCUUUUCAAAGGUAUCGGUUACGCGGUGGUUCUGAUAGCUUUCUACGUAGACUUCUACUAUAACGUAAUCAUCGCGUGGGCGCUACGCUUCUUUUUCGCAUCCUUCACGACCAUGCUGCCUUGGACUAGCUGCAACAACGAGUGGAACACGCCAUCUUGUCAACCGUUUGAAGCUAACUGGGAAGCAUCGGCAGUCAACAAAUCUCAACCACGUCACAACGAAUCCGACUCUAUGGCAUCACCUCAACCUUUUACUUCGGCGGCUUCUGAAUAUUUUAACCGUGCUAUCCUGGAGUUGCAAGGGAGCGAGGGUCUUCACGACUUGGGUGCGAUCAAAUGGGACAUGGCCUUGUGUCUGCUUGCUGUCUACAUCAUCUGCUACUUCUCUCUCUGGAAAGGGAUCAGCACUUCUGGCAAAGUGGUUUGGUUCACGGCUCUUUUUCCGUAUGCGGUGUUACUGAUCUUGCUGGUUCGUGGCAUCACGCUGCCAGGCUCCGCCACCGGCAUACAAUACUAUCUCAGUCCUAACUUCGAAGCUAUAACACAACCACAGGUUUGGGUGGACGCGGCGACGCAAGUAUUCUUCUCAUUGGGUCCUGGAUUCGGUGUGCUGCUGGCGUAUGCGUCUUAUAAUAAGUACCAUAACAACGUUUACAAAGACGCAAUUUUGACUAGCGUGAUCAACUCAUGCACGUCGUUCGUGGCGGGGUUCGUGAUCUUUAGCGUGCUGGGCUACAUGGCGCACGCGUCCGGCAAGCAGGUGCAGGACGUGGCCACGGAAGGCCCGGGACUCGUGUUCGUCGUCUACCCCGCCGCCAUCGCCACCAUGCCCGGCUCCACCUUCUGGGCCUUGAUCUUCUUUAUGAUGCUACUCACCUUGGGACUUGAUAGUUCGUUCGGUGGUUCUGAAGCAAUAAUAACAGCUUUGAGCGACGAGUUCCCACCCAUCGGUCGUCAUCGGGAACUGUUCGUGGCUUGUCUCUUCACACUGUACUUCUUCGUGGGUCUGGCGUCGUGCACCAAGGGUGGCUUCUACUUCUUCCAACUGCUGGACAGAUAUGCAGCUGGUUAUUCUAUGCUCGUAGCUGUCUUCUUUGAGGCGAUUGCUGUGUCUUGGAUUUAUGGAACGGAACGUUUCUGCGAGGACAUCCGCGACAUGAUCGGGUUCCGGCCGGGCGUGUACUGGUUGAAGCUGGAGCAAUUAGAUCACGCAUUAAAUAACAGACCAUAA